AUGGGCAACAGAUCGUCUUCCUCAGCUAAGCCUGGCCAGUCUCCGUCCGAGACGGCGUCGAGAUGCCUCACGGAGAGCUUCACGGGGACCCACGAUUUUGAGAUUAUCAACUACUCGCUGCUCGUUGGCAUGGGCGUCGGCAAGUUCGUAAGCUCGAGCACAUUCUGCGUCGGUGGCUACAACUGGAAUAUCAGGCUCUAUCCAGACGGAGUCAUGAAAGACUACGCCGGCAAAGGGUCAGUGUUUUUGCACCAUCUCUGCUCACCGGAUUCAAAGGGUGUGAGGACAAAGUUCACAUUAAGCGUUCUGGAGAAACACGGCCAAGUAACCAGGGCUCUAGUCGACCACAUCUUUCCUCGAGCUCAUACUAGUGACGGUUUCGGCUACACCAGAUUCUUCGACAAUUCAAAGCUGAAAUCAAUGCCAGACCUCUACUAUGGCUCAUUGACCAUAAGGUGCGUACUCACCAUCAUAAAAGAAUCUCGCACGGAGCUUAAGACGAACCUUGCCGUGGCUCCACCGUCGAAUCUGCAAGAGCAUCUCCGGCACAUGCAUGUGGAUGGAGAUGGUGCAGAUGUGACAUUCAGUGUUCGCGGCCAAUUGUUCAAUGCCCACAGAUGUUUGUUGGCUGCAUGGUCCCCGGUUUUCAAGGCAGAGCUCUUCUGUCCGAUGAAAGAAAACUCAACUCGGUGCAUCGAGAUUGAUGACAUUGAGCCACAAGUCUUUGAGGCCCUUCUUCACUUUAUAUACACAGAUUGCAUGAUGGAUGGUUAUGAAGAAGGCAAAACUGAAAAUCUACAGCACCUACUAGUUGCGGCGGAUCUAUAUGGAGUGGAGAGGUUGAGGGUUAUGUGUGAAGGUAAAUUAUGUGAUAGCGUCGACUUGAAAACAGUCGCGACAACGCUAACAUUAGCGGAGCAACAUAACUGCGGGGUUCUCAAAAAAGCAUGUAUUGAGUUUCUAGCAUCAGGGAAGACACUUGAAGCUGUGAAGAAAACAGAUUCAGAUGUAUUCAAACAUCUCGAGGCAAGCUGUCCUCAUCUCAUGCAGGAGAUUUUAUUCGCAAGGAUGCCUCCCAUGUGA